GAACCUCUCGCCCUUCACCCCCACCGUCUCCCGCAAGACUGGCUCCAGGGUCAGUAGGAUGUUCUCAAUGUCCCACAAAUCCCCACCACCCAAGGUGCCUCAACCCAACCGCCUGGACGAGGUGUACGAAGCUCUCAAGAAGGGCCUGACAGCCUACCUGGAGGUGCACCAGCUGGAACUGGAGAAGCUCAGCACCCAGAUCCGUGAGUCCAAGAGGAAUUCGCGCCUGGGCUUUCUCUACGAUCUGGAUAAGCAAGUGAAGUCAAUCGAGCGUUUCCUGCGCCGCCUGGAGUUUCACGCGAGCAAGAUCGAUGAGCUCUACGAGGCUUAUUGCAUCCAACGGCGGCUCCGCGACGGAGCCCACAACAUGGUCAAGGCUUACAGCACGGGCUCGCCGGGCAGCCGGGAGGCACGCGAGAGCCUGGCCGAGGCCAACAAGGGCUACAAGGAGUACACAGAGAACAUGUGUCUGUUGGAGAAUGAGCUGGAGAGCCAGCUGGGCGAGUUCCACGUCCGGAUGAAAGGUCUGGCGGGCUUUGCCCGGCUUUGUGCCGGUGACCAGUAUGAGAUCUUCAUGAAGUACGGCCGGCAGAGGUGGAAGCUGCGAGGCCGCAUCGAGGUGAACAGCAAGCAGGUGUGGGACAGCGAGGAAAUGGUCUUCUUGCCCCUUGUCACCGAGUUCCUCUCCAUCAAGGUGACAGAGCUAAAGAGCCUGGCCAACCACGUCGUGGUGGGCAACGUGUCCUGCGAGACCAAGGACCUCUUUGCGGCUCUGCCCCAAGUAGUGGCUGUAGAUAUCAAUGACUUGGGCACCCUCAAACUCAGCCUGGAGGUGACCUGGAA